AUGGAGGAAGAAGAGGCCCCUGGAGAUGGGGAGGUGGAAACCCCCUCCACGGCGGAGAACUACGCCGCCGAGGCAAUGGCGGCGGACAUGGACCCCUGGAUCGUUUUCGACUCCAGGAGAACUCCCCGGUCCGAGUUCGACGGCUGGCUGGAGACCAACAGGCCCUCGCAGGUCUACAGGUUCGGCGACAAGGAGGGCCGGCUCAGCCCCGUGGGGUGGAUCGCCGUUUUGGGCCCCGACCACUGCCCCAGCGGCGUGGACGUUGAGGGUCUCCAGGAGAGCUGGGAGAAACUGUUGUCCAGCUGCCGGCCGGUCACUUUCCACACCAUCAGAGAGCUGGCCCUGAACCACGGGGUGCUCUCGGGCAAGUGGCUCAUGCACCUGGACUCGGGUUUCAAGUUGGACCAUGCCUGGGAGUGCGUGGCCAGGGCCGCUCUUGAGGGCAAAAUCUCCAGCGUCAAAGUGAGCCCCUUUGACCCCAAGGGAGAGAUCAAGCAAGUCAUAUGCGCCUACAACCAAGACUUCACGGACGAGGGCGAUGUGGUGCGGCUGGACUCUGUCAUUCGCGCCACCGGGGUCAAGUGCCCCCUGUCUUACAAGCCGGACGUGUACACGUACCUGGGGAUCUACCGGAACAACCGCUGGAAGCUCUGCCCGACCAUUUACGAGAGCAAAUUCGACCUGGAGUGCGUGCCCAGGCGUUCCCACAUUAUCAACAAAGUCACCAAUCUGGAAGUGACAUAA